AUGGAUGAUUUAGCUCUCCUCGACCUGUUGGAGUGUCCUGUGUGCUUUGAGAAGCUCGAUGCCACCGCCAAGGUGCUACCUUGCCAGCACACUUUCUGCAAGCCCUGUUUGCAGAGGAUCCUGAAGUCCCAGAAGGAGCUGAGGUGCCCCGAGUGCAGGACCCUCGUCCUCUGCAGCAUCGAGCAGCUGCCCUCCAACCUGCUCCUCAUUCGCCUCCUAGAUGGAGUCAGGUGCGGACAAAACGUCACCAGAUUUGGCUCAAUCCAGAGGUCGGGAGUCCUGUCCUCCCCUGCCUCCAUCAGGAGGGUCCCCAGGGGCUUGCAACUUCAUCAGCACCGGCUAGCAACAAACCCCAGGAUCCACAUGGAAGGGGUCCCACGAGCCAAGGCCCUGUACACCUACCGAGGACACAACCCUGGGGAGCUGAGGUUCAACAAGGGGGACAUCAUCGUCCUGCACCGGCAGCUGGACGAGAACUGGUACCUGGGGGAGGCCAAUGGCAUCAGCGGCGUCUUCCCAGCCAGCUCUGUGCAAGUCAUCAAGCACCUCCCCCUGCCUCCACCCCUCGGCAGAGCACUCUACAGCCUUGACCUGAGAAACAGGGACAAGCUGGAGAGCAGGGACUCCCUCACCUUCCACAAGACGAACACCACUGCAAGGCAGCUCCUGCAGAGCAGCAAAGGCCACUGGUCCCCGCAGCUCAAGUCUGGGUCCCUGCGCACGGCGUCUCCCAAAGCCAAGGGCACAGACUCGCCGGCCUUCGCCAAGGUGCCUGACUCGCGGCGCAAGAGCCUGCGGCAGUUCUCCAUCACCACUGCCCUCAACACCCUCAACCGCAUGGUCCAUGCGCCCAGCGAGCGGCAGGCCCUGGAGAUCAGCUCCCCUGUGCUCAUCAGCUCCAGCAACCCCACUGUGGCCACCCAGAGCAGCGAGAAGGCUGAGCUCCCUUACAGCACCCCGCUCCAGGUCAGUGCAUCUUACUACCCCACACCAGGAUCACUGGGGCACUCAGCAGCCAUCGUUACCCUUCCCCACCUGCAGCACCACAUGUCAUCUUAUAUGUGCGUGGCUCUGCACCCCUACCUGGCCCAUGGCCCCGAGGAGCUGGAGCUGCAGAAGGGGGAAGGGGUCCGUGUCUUCGGGAAGGAGCAGGAGGGCUGGUUGCGGGGCAUGUCCCUCGCCACCGGCAGAGUCGGCAUCUUCCCCAGCAACUACGUCACUCCCCUCUUCAGGUCUGGCUGUUCUCACACCAAACAAAAGAAAUCCAGUCUGUCUGACACAAAGGUGCCUUCCCUGUAUGCCUCCUGGACGCUGUCCACCUCCUCACUCUCCUCCCAAGGCAGUAUCUCAGAGAAUGGCCCAAGGCAGAGCAGGCCCCUGAAGGCAGCACUGCUGCCUGUGCCCAUCCCUUCGCCUGGCAGGAGCGCAGGCACAGGACAGGCAUCGCUGCGGCGCAGCCGUGGCAGCACCAGGAAGAAUGGGUCCCUGCAGAGGCCAGGGCAGACAGCGACCCCAGUGCUGGUGGCCGGCUCCCUGCGGCGUCCUGCCAUGACUGCGCUGCGGCCUCAGCAGCUGCAGCUCUUCCACACCGUCCCUCCUGGAGUCGGCACGGCUGAGGCAGCAGCGAGGUCAAGCUUCUCCCAGGAUGCUUCCCCAGCAGUGGGAGGCAGAGGAGGGGAGAGCAGAAGCCCCUCAGUGUGCAGCUCGGUGAUCCUGGAUGCCAAGGAGCCUCCAGCCAAGAGCGAGGCAGCCCCGAAGCCUCCAGCCUCUGCCCCUCCGUCCAUCCUGGUGAAACCAGACACCUCCCGCAACAACGCCGAGAAGCAAGUGAAGACGGUGAGGUUCCAGAACCACAGCCCCCCGCCACCCAAGCGGCACAGCCUGCAGCCCUCGCCCAGCCUGCCGCGGGGCAGGACAGAGCCGGUGGCCGUGCUGGAGGCCCUGCUGCCGGAGCCAGGCCCCGAGCUGGCCCUGCUCUAUUCGCCCCGGCUCGGCUGCAGCCCCCUGCCCCAGCGGCGGGCACUGCACCCCAAGGUGCUGGCGCUGGAGCUCUCGGGGCCACUGACCUUCCCCGGCAAGAAGAGCUACAGCAGCAUCUCUGCCAACUGA